GGCGGGCUGUUUAGAGGGGAUCAAUGGCGGCGCGCUGGGCUGGGCUGCUGUUCUCGCUGUGACGGACCGGCGGCCGCGGUACGUGCGGACGGCGGCGGCCCGAGCCCCGGGAGUCGGCGGCGGUGGCGGCGGCAUCUGCGGCAGGGCCGGGGCUCUUCGGGCGCGGCGGAAUCUGCGGCAGGGCUGGGGCUUUGCGAGCGCAGCGAGGAAACCGGCCGUGCCCGGGCUGCGGGGCCCUUCGGGUGCAGGGGCGGAGAGGGCCGGGCCCAGGCCCUGCGAGCGCGGCGGGCCGGGUCGCGCCGUGGAGGGAGGCAGCUCCCGGAGACAGUGGCGGACGGGCUGCACCACAAUGGAUGGGGCAGAUGGUACUGCUGACCUUGUGAUUAACAAGAGAUUUGUGUCUGAAUCGGAGCUAGAGGAGCGACGGAAGAGGAGGCAAGAGGAAUGGGAAAAGGUCCGAAAACCUGAGGAUCCAGAAGAAUGCCCAGAGGAGGCAUACGACCCACGUUCCUUGUAUGAAAGACUUCAGGAACAGAGAGAAAAGAAGCAACAGGAGUUUGAGGAGCAGUUUAAAUUCAAAAAUAUGGUAAGAGGCUUAGAUGAAGAUGAGACGCAUUUCCUUGAUGAGGUGUCUCGGCAGCAAGAGCUACUAGAAAAGCAACGAAGAGAAGAAGAGCUGAAAGAACUAAAUGAAUACAGAAGCACUCUCACCAAAGUGGGAGUCAGUAUGGACCCAAAGAAGGAAACUGAAAAGAAAUUGCCCAUGAAGUCAGUGGAAAACAAGAGCAAAUUCUCUCAGGCAAAGCUGUUGGCAGGAGCUGUGAAACACAGAAGUUCAGAUGGUGGUAACAGUGUGAAGAGGUUGAAACUAGAUACUGAUCAUGAUGAAAAGAAUCAAGGUACCUCUCUUUCAGAAAAACCAUCCUGUGUUCCCUUGGGAAGCAGCUCAGUGGGAGGCUCCGCAGUCCACUGUCCCUCAGCAGCUGUGUGCAUUGGGAUCUUGCCUGGCCUGGGCGCCUACUCAGGCAGCAGUGAUUCAGAGUCCAGCUCGGAUAGCGAAGGCACCAUUAAUUCCACUGGGAAGAUCGUCUCUUCUGUAUUCCGUAGCAACAAUUUCUUUGAUGGUCCAUAAUGAAAUCCCUCCGUGUGUAAUGUAGUGCAGAGUAUCUUCCAAAGCCCUGAUGGAUGCUUGAUGCAUCCUUCUGCCCCAAAUAUAAUCUUUCUAGCUAACCUCUCAACUUUAAUACACUCAGAUACUCCUAAAAUAACUCAUAUUUCCCCCGCACACCGCCUUUCCAUUUCUGGGGUGCAUACUGAGCCUUUAAGAAGGGCUGCCAUCCUAAACCCAGUAACGUAAUAAAGGUCUGAGGAUAGGGAGGAAAAAGCCUUAUCUUUAAAAUUUUUACAGAAAGAAUGAAUUCCGGUGAUUUAAGAAGUUUACACAAGACUAACAGGCAAAAAAUACUCACUUGAAGCAAUGAAAUCUUGUAGAAAGAGCCAUGUGUUCUGUUUUAAAAUGUCGUUUUUAUUCUGUAUUUGAGAAAUGGGGGAAGAACAAAAUUGAAGCAGAUGGUGAAGUGUAGAUUGCCAUGACACUGUAAAGAAGUUUUAGUGUUACAUGAUUAAAGACAUUCUGAAUGCA